GACACGAAUAUAGGUUAUUGGGGAAGAAAAAUGCUUAAGCAGAACGUGCACAUUUGUGCUGCAAUAAUAGUUUGCAUUGCACGCAACUGUUUUUCAUUUGAAAAUCAGACUGUUAAUAAUAAUGUGACUAAACCUGAAUCCAAUGAUUUGAAGUCAAUAUUAAAUCUUUCUGUAAAUUUUACUAAAAGUUUUGAGUCAGCUGAAGACCACACUCAGAGGAGGAACAGCAGUGAAGAUGGAGAACAGAUGAACAAAGAGAGCCGUGGAGCAAAACCAGAUUGUCCACCGCUGGGUUUGGAGUCUCUGAAAGUCUCUGAUGAUCAGCUGCAGUGCUCCUCAUAUCUGAGCGUUGGGCUCGGGCCUCACAGAGGACGCCUCAAUAUACAGUCUGGUCUGGAGGAUGAUGAUGAGUAUGAUGGAGCAUGGUGUGCCGGGGAGGAGGAUCAGGAACAGUGGUUGCAACUGGAUGCUCUUAGACUGACACUCUUUACCGGCGUCAUCCUGCAGGGUAGAAACUCAAUCUGGAGCUUGAACUGGGUUCGCACAUAUAAAGUUCAGUUCAGUAAUGACUCAGUGGACUGGCAGCCCUGCAUGAACGGAUCACAAGAGGCCGUUUUUGUUGGGAAUCAAGACUUAGAGACGCCUGUUUUGGCUCUGUUUCCCGAGCCCUCGAUGGCCCAGUUCAUUCGCAUCAACCCUCAGACCUGGUUUAGCAACGGCACCAUUUGCCUCCGGGCUGAAGUGCUGGGAUGCCCGGUUGCAGAUCCUGAUAGUUCAGAUGAUCCACAAAAUGAGAGACGUUCUUUAGACAACCUCGACUUCAGACACCACAAUUACAACGAGAUGAGGAAGCUGAUGAAGUCUGUCAAUGAUGAGUGUCCAGAAAUCACACGGAUCUACACUAUUGGCAGAAGUUACACUGGACUCAAGCUUUAUGUUAUGGAAAUAUCUGAUAACCCAGGAAAACAUGAGCUUGGUGAGCCAGAGUUUCGCUAUGUUGCCGGGAUGCAUGGAAAUGAAGUUUUGGGACGCGAGCUUCUGCUAAAUCUUAUGCAGUACAUCUGUCAUGAAUACAAACGUGGCAAUCAGCGUAUCAUAAAGCUGGUGAAGGACACACGCAUCCACCUGCUGCCAUCUAUGAACCCAGACGGGUAUGAAACAGCAUAUGAAAAGGGCUCAGAACUGUCUGGCUGGGCUCUUGGACGCUACAGUUUCGAGGGUAUUGAUAUGAACCACAACUUUCCUGACCUCAACAACAUCAUGUGGGAUGCUCAGGAUCUGGCGACAGAUAGAAAGAGAGUGAGCAACCACUACAUUCCCAUGCCAGAGUAUUACACCUCCACUGAUGCAAUGGUUGCCCCAGAGACACGCGCUGUCAUCAGCUGGAUGCAGGAUAUCCCGUUUGUACUGAGUGCCAAUCUGCAUGGUGGAGAGCUGGUGGUCACUUAUCCUUUCGACGGCACACGUGAUUGGAUCCCCCGUGAGGACACGCCCACCGCAGACAAUGAUUUCUUCCGCUGGUUAGCCACAGUCUAUGCCACCACCAACCUGGUGUUGGCAAACCCAGAGCGCAGGAUCUGCCACUCUGAAGACUUCCAGCAACACAACAACAUCAUCAACGGGGCAAACUGGCACACUGUUCCAGGCAGUAUGAAUGAUUUCAGUUACCUCCACACAAACUGUUUUGAAAUUACGGUUGAGCUGUCGUGCGAUAAGUUUCCUCAUGCCAGUGAGCUUCCCGUGGAGUGGGAGAGCAAUAAAGAGUCUCUGCUGCUGUACAUGGAGCAGGUGCACAGAGGAAUAAAGGGCGUCAUCAGUGACAAGGACACUAAAGCUGGCAUCGCUAAUGCUGUCAUUAAGGUGGACGGACUCGACCACGACAUAAGAUCAGCUGUAGAUGGGGAUUACUGGCGUUUGCUGAACCCAGGUGACUACAAAAUCACAGUGUGGGCUGAAGGAUACUUCCCUCGCAUCCGCCACUGCUCUGUAGGGUCUGAGCCGCAGGCCACCAUCUGUGACUUCACCCUCACCAAGACAUCCCAAGACCGUCUGAAGCAGAUCCUGGCCAGGGGUGGGAAGUUGCCUCGGGAUAACCAGGUACGAAUCCGAGCCAUGCGGAUGCGCAAACUCCGAGCCAGCACCAAGAUCCUGAACCGCCGGCGAGAACAGCAGCAGCGUCUUAAUAAAGUUAAACGCAAGUGAUUUAUGAAACAAUGAGUCGGUCUGUCGCAGGUUGAGAGACAUUGUGUCAAUCAUUGAAUGUGUUUCUUUUUUUAUUACCGCUAACACAGAUUUCUGAAGAUGCUUCUUAUGUGAACAAGACUCUGAGUUUGUAGCUGGUUUUCUACACUCAGAAUUUAAUGAUAUUGUAAUAAAGUGAAUUCAAUA